UCUCCCGACUGCCCCGACGACAUACUUGGAAGGAUCGAGUGAAUGUGUGAGUGAGUCACUCACACAUUCAAGUUCUUGAGGGCUUGCCCGGAUCGAGGAGUGUUCCUCACAGUCAGGCUCAUGUGUUUUGUCAGUUCAGUGAUAAGGAUUGCCUAAGCCUCAUUUGAAGCCUCCGAGGAGUGUGAAUCGUUUCAUCUUGCUACACGAUUGCCAAUUCAGAACAGCAACUACCUACUAUUAGCCGAUUGAGACCGAGUGAUAAAACUAGAAAGAAAAAAUGACAAAGGGAGAUCGCCAGCUUCAACUUGACAAACGGGCCAAGUUCUUCUCGGACCCGACCUUUCAGGACAUUCUCGCCUACGACGACAAGGACCUCCAUCGAAAGCUCGACACGUUCAAGCAAAAGUCGUCGCUGGUCCUAGCCUCGCAUCAGCCCGAGGCUGCUCAUAACCUUCAGGUCACGUGUACCAAUGACAAGUUCAUGAUCCAAUUGGAAUUGCCCGGGUUCAGUCCCGAGGAUUUCACACUGAAGACCAGAGAUGACAUCAUUCUCUUGGAGGCCAAUCAUGAAGGAAAGGCCGACGGCGGAUCCGAAUUCACGUCCAGAAAAUACAAUAAGGAGUUUUGUAUGCCCGAUGGCGUACUCACCGAUCAACUCACAUCUUCCUACUCCUCUACGGGGAUUCUCAUCAUCGAGGCUCCCCGGCACGUCCAUGUGCCCGAAGGAGCCGCCCUAUCCGAGGCCAUGGCCGCCAAAUCCAAGGCCUACACAACGGAUGACGGUCGAACUGCCGUGAAGGAGAAUUCCUCGGCUAGCUCUCAGAUGUUGGCCGCCUCCACGGAGAGUCCAGAUGGUACGACCACGUCCACCAUGUCUUACUCCUCCAGCAGCUCCACCUCAAGCCAAAUGGUCAGCAGUGGUCCUGCAGGAUCCUUGUCCAUGGGAAUGGAGAUGCCCCCCAUGAGAGGCAUGACCUUGGAAGGGAUGGGCGGGGGAGAUCCCAUGGCCUUGGACAUGAGUGACAUGAUGAAGAAAAUGAUGAGUGAUAUGAAGAUGAGCAGCAGCAGCUUUGGCAACAUGGGAAAGAACACCAGCUCCACGAUGAUGUCCAGCUCGAAUGUUUCCACCAUGUCGUCUUCAUCAUCAUCAGUACAAUCCUCGAACAGCAUGUUCAGCGAUAUGGGCAUGAUGCCCCAACCUCGCCUGAGCUUUGGGAAUAUGGGUCAGAUGGGCGGUGAUAUGGGCAUGAUGGGACGACCAGGGAUGAAUAUGGGCAAACUGGAUAUUGAGGAGUUGAGCAAUGCAGGCAGCACGGCCACCAGUCCCACUCCCACUCCAACGCCGUAUACAGUAUCCUCUCCCCCGCCUACAUCUCGUAAAUCGGGUAAUUUUCCUGCAAUGACCCAUUCAGUCCAACCAACGGCGGACUUCCAGACAAUUCAAGACCCUCAAGCGGAUCAUACUGUACUGUUGAAACUCAAGGAAGGCGAUGAGUACAAACUGGUGUUGAAUAUGCAACAAUAUUCGCCUGACAAUAUCACAGUGAAGCUGAACGACCGAGAGCUCAGCAUUUUUGCUCACGAUGGACAAACCGAGGACUUCAUGCAACGCCAUUCCGUACCUAUUGGCAUUGAUUUGGACCAGCUCUCGUCCAGCUUCAGCGAGGAUGGGAUCUUGGUGAUCCGAGCUCCCAAAAUGAAGUAAUGCGCUCUCGAACGGUUCCAUUUUUACUUGUAUCUCUCUUCACACGAUCCUUAGAGACUAGGGACGAGGCUGCAAGGCCGCAAGGCUGGCCUCCAAGCUAUGUAUUGUACACCAGAUAGAGACAUGUAUUACUACUAUUAUUAUUGUUAUCCAAAUCAUUAUUCUUACUCUUGUCAUCAAUCGUUUCCCAUGAUAUUCCGAGAAACCACAAAUUUGGAACCCAAACUGGAUAAAAAUAAAAACAUUACAAAUGCAAACUA